GCGGCGCGCCGGCGGCGGAAGAGGCCCCCGUCGCGCCCGCGUCCCCUCGGGUCCUUGAGCCGGUGCCGAGCGCGGAGCCAUGGCGUCGAGGCUGCUGAGAGCGCUCCCUGCGUCCGCGGCGGCCGCCCUCCGCGCGGGAGGAAUCCAUACAAGUGCACAGUGUAAGCUACAGUAUGGCCCUUUGGCAUACAUACUCGGCGAAAGAACAACCAAAAAGUUCACGGAACGCAGCAAAGUGAUAACUGUAGAUGGCAAUAUAUGUUCUGGAAAAAGCAAGGUUGCGAAAGAAAUAGCAGAGAAAUUAGGCUUGAGGCACUUCCCUGAAGCAGGGAUACAUUACGCCGACAGCACUACAGGAGACGGCAGGCCGUUGGACGUGGAGUUCAGUGGCAGCUGCAGCAUGGAGAAGUUCUACGACGACCCGAGGAGUAACGAUGGCAACAGCUACCGCCUGCAGUCCUGGCUGUAUGCCAACCGCCUCCUGCAGUACGCGGACGCCUUGGAGCACUUGCUGAGCACAGGACAAGGUGUCGUAUUGGAACGCUCCAUCUUCAGUGAUUUUGUUUUCUUGGAGGCGAUGUACAACCAGCAAUUCAUCCGAAAGCAGUGUGUGGACCACUACAACGAGGUGAAGAAGGUCACCAUCUGUGAAUACCUGCCUCCUCACGUGGUGAUCUACAUCGACGUGCCUGUUCCAGAGAUCCAGAGUCGGAUUCAGAAGAAAGGAGAUCCCCAUGAAAUGAAGGUCACGUCCGCCUACCUGCAGGACAUCGAGAACGCCUAUAAGAAGACCUUCCUGCCUGAGAUGAGUGAGAAAUGUGAGGUUUUACAGUAUAGUGCAAGGGAAGCUCAAGAUGCAGAAAAGGUAAUAGAGGAUAUCGAAUACCUCAAGUAUGACAAAGGGCCGUGGCUCGAUCAGGACGACCGGACUUUUCACCAUCUGCGGAUGCUGGUUCAGAAUAAGCUGGAGGUGCUGAAUUACACAACCAUUCCUAUCUAUCUCCCAGAAGUCACAAUCGGAGCGCACCAGAGUGACCGCAUCUUCCAUAAAUUCACACAGGUCCUGUCUGUACCUGAAGCCUCUGUUCCUGUAGGUCAGACCGGGUUUCUCCAGCCUCAGGCACCUCCACUUUCUGAGCUGCCAGGCCGCAAGUACUGCCCCGGGUACAACGCGGACGUGGGUGACAAGUGGAUCUGGCUAAAGUGACGGACUUCCGCCCCGCCCCCCACGGGCUGCAUCGCGGCGACGACGAAGAGGCUGCCACCUGCCGCGUCCUGUGGACUCCACGUAGCUUUAACACGCGGGGGGAAGGUAACGGACUGGGGCGCGGCCUGGCCAGAGCAGGCUCCCUGUAGAGUAGCUGAGCCCGGGGAGGGCCUCGGGGUUACGAGGCUCCUGAGGCUCCGCAGCUUGUAGCUUUGUUCAGGAAAACCCUGCUGUGGAAGGCCAGAUUACUAGAGGAAGCUCCUUUCAUUACAGCUGUGCUCUGUGUCCUGCAGAUCUUGUACUUGGUGGCCUCUGACUUCAAGAAAUAAAACUGCUUCCACGGUGUU